GAUGAGUCGUCACUGUGCAGCUUCACGAUAUCGCACUGAGAGGCGGUGAGCCAUGGGGGAGAACAGCCCCGAAGGCAACAUUAUCUACUACGAGGUGGAGGAAGACGAUUUAACCCAAGAUGACAAUAUGAUGAGGUUUGCUGAUAAAAACGGGCUGGUUUCUUCAUCGUCGGGGACGGUCUAUGACAGGACAACUGUUCUGAUAGAGCAGGACCACAGCGUGUUGGAAGAUGACGAGGAUGAAGGACAGUGUGGUGAUCCCUUGCCUUUUUUACCAGAGGGUCAUGAAGAAGGAUUUCAUUUAAUAGCAGAUCAUGAAGGAAUGUCCCAGGGUUAUGUGCAACACAUUAUUUCUCCAGAUCAGAUUCAUCUAACAAUAAAUCCUGGUUCAACUCCCAUGCCAAGAAAUAUCGAAGGAGCGACACUCACUUUGCAAUCUGAAUGCCCAGAAACGAAGCUUAAAGAGGUUAAGCGAUACCAGUGCACCUUUGAGGGCUGUCCACGCACCUACAGCACUGCUGGGAACCUGCGCACUCACCAGAAGACCCACCGUGGGGAGUACACUUUUGUCUGCAAUCAGGAGGGCUGUGGCAAGGCCUUCCUGACCUCCUACAGCCUCAAAAUCCACGUUCGAGUGCACACCAAGGAGAAGCCGUUCGAGUGUGACGUGCAGGGCUGUGAGAAGGCCUUCAACACGCUGUACAGGUUGAAAGCACACCAGAGGCUCCACACGGGGAAGACGUUUAACUGCGAGUCGGAGGGCUGCAGCAAGUACUUCACGACGCACAGCGACCUGCGGAAGCACAUCCGCACCCACACUGGGGAGAGGCCCUUCCGGUGUGAGCAUGACGGCUGUGGAAAGGCGUUUGCUGCAAGCCACCACCUUAAAACACAUGUUAGGACACAUACUGGGGAGAAACCCUUCUUCUGUCCCAGCAAUGGCUGUGAGAAGACCUUCAGUACACAGUAUAGUCUCAAGAGCCACAUGAAAGGUCAUGAGAAAGGACUUUCCUAUAAUGCACUUCCCAAUAGCAAUGUAUCUGAGGAUACAAGCCACUCACUUUGUCUGAGCGACUUAAGCCUCAUCUCAACAGAUUCAGAAUUGAGGGAGAACUCUAAUCCAACCCAUGGACAAGACCUUAGCACAAUCUCACCAGCAAGCAUCUUCGAGUCAAUGUUUCAGAGCCCAGAUCACACUGCGAAUCAGGACGACUCUCAGCAGACAGCUGCCUUGAUUGAGGGUUUUAACGGCGAGGCAGAGCGGCGGCUGCCGCCCCCGGCGGCGCCCGCCCCCCCCGCCGCAGGGGACUCGGCACCGCUCUCUCUUCCACUCGUGCUGCAGCUUGGCAUCUCGGAGCCUCCCCACUCAGCACUACAAGCCUCAGCAGCCCCUGCUGCUCCCUCCUCCGUAGGAACCAGCUCACAGCCAGCUGCGUUUGGAAAUCCUGCAACUGUUUUACAAUCCCCAGAAGUGCCUGUUCCUCACAGCACACAGUUUGCAGCCAGUCACCAAGACUUCCUGCAGCAUACUCAGACACCGCCGCAGCCCAUUGUCCAGGGAGUCUCCGUGGUCGCUGGGCCACCUGCCCCAGCAGCCUCCAGUGCCACCGAGCCCCUGCCAGCCCUAGUCCAGACUGUGCCUGUCGGUGCGAACUCUGUCCUGACCAGUAACCCCACAAUAACCAUUACUCCUUCCCAGAGCACCGCUAUUCUGCAGUCCAGCAUUGUCAUGGGGGAGCAGAACUUGCAAUGGAUCUUAAAUGGUGCCACUGGUUCUCCACAAAGCCAAGAACAAAUGCCACAAGUUCCAAAAGUUGUAGAAAAGGUAUUUUUUACCACUGCAUUACCAGUAGCUGGCAACACAGGAAACCCUGUUCAGCAGAUUGGUCUCAGUGUUCCUGUCAUCAUUAUAAAGCAGGAGGAGGCCUGCCAAUGUCAGUGUGCCUGCCGGGACUCUGCCAAGGACAAAGCCACUGUUAAGAAGGAAUGUUCCUCGCCUGAUUCUAAAGCUUUGGAGCAGCCAGCUCCCCAGCUGCAGCCUCAGACCUUCUCUUCCUCUUCCCCCUCUCCUUCCUGUGGGCAGAGCAGUCAGAUAGUUAACCCUUCCGACUCACAGACUGAAAAGUUAAGUGCCAUGGAUGUAUCCGACUUCCUGUCCCUCCAAAGCCCUGAAACCCCAUCUAAUAUGAUUCAAAUCGAAGCACUACUGCAGGGUGAGGAAGAUAUUGGUUUGAAUAGCAGCUUCUCAAAGUGAAGAUGUUCCAGAUUUUCCUUUGCACCUGGAGGGUAAAACCCUUCCCUUUAGAAGCAGAAACUGAAGGAUCGAUUUGUUUUCCUUCCUUUGUGGAAGUUUUGUGGCUUAUUUCUGCUUCACAGAUGUCAUCUUAGUCACAUCCCAGGUACAUCCAUCUUCAAGAAUCUAUCUAAAAAAAGAAAAGG